AUGCAUUCUGCCAUCUUUGCCAUCUUUGCUAUCUCCGGUCUCGCCGCUGCUUCUCCCAACUCCAAGCCCCAGACCGAAUGUGAGGGCCUCGCUCCCCUCGGUCUCGAGUCAGUCCAGUACUACGUCUGCGGCAAGAAUGGCUUCCGUGGAUACUGCUCCGAAGACCCUUGCGACAAGAAGUGGUGCCGAGACUUUGCCCUCAAGACUUGCGACCUUGUCUUCAUCACUGAGCCUGAACCACCUGUCGUCGCCAACCCUGUUGUAGGUGGUCACGAGUGGGAGUCUGAGACAGCUACCACUGUCGCCCCUCAAGCCACUUCCACUGAUCUUCCCAUCGGCGAAUGUGCUCCUGGAACAGGAUUUUUCCAGAACUGUUCCAACGGCUUCGUGGGAUGCUGCAAGUCUGAUGCUUGCACUGGCGAUGCCGGUGUCUGCCCCGAUACCAAGGAGGCUAAGCGUCAAGAUCCCACUAUCUGCCCUCCCGGCACCGGCUUCUUCCAGUCCUGUUCAAACGGCUUCCGAGGUUGCUGCAAGGGCGAUGCUUGUGGUCAGAAGGAACCCAUCUGUCCUUCCACCGCUGCCAAGCGAUCUGAUGAUCCUACUGUCUGCCCUCCCGGAACUGGUUUCUUCCAGUCUUGCUCCAACGGUUUCCGUGGAUGCUGCAAGAACGACGCAUGCGGCCAGACCCAGCCUAUCUGCCCUUCUUCUCCCGCUAAGCGAUCUGAUGACCCCACUGUCUGCCCUCCUGGUACCGGUUUCUUCCAGUCCUGCUCCAACGGCUUUCGGGGCUGCUGCAAGGGUGACGCCUGUGGUAACUCUUGGUGCCCCGACUACAAGACCGGUACCUACCAGCCUGCCCAGUCCUUCAAGGUCAAGGCUCGCUCUGACGGAACCUGCGCUCCCGGCACUGGCUUCUUCCAGGUUUGCUCCAACGGCUUCAAGGGAUGCUGCAAGAAGGAUGCCUGUGGUCAGAGCCGACCUGUCUGCCCCAAGUAA